CGGACAGAAGUGUUUCAGUGCCCUGCGUCUGUCCCUCGUACCUAGGUAGCGACAGCACGUCUUGUGGAUCAAAAUAGUGGUAUAACAUCAGCAUGUAGACAGCUGAAUGUCCAACUAUGGGCAGAACACAUUGCUGACACCUGGAAAUAUUGUUAACUUUGAGAACCACUUGCGUCAGGUUUUGCAGAUAGAUAGUCAAGAAAUAAGUGGACCAAGGUUACAUCCAUAAUCUCUACCGGCGGGAUCAAAGUAACUAAACUAAACAAGGAGUGGAAUAAUCAUUAGUAAUCAUUAAAGCAAAUAGUUGGGAUAUAAGCGGCCGCAGCCUCUGUAUCUGCUGGUCAGCUGAGCAGAUAAACAAAGGGACAGGAGGGGCGAGGCUCACACUCACCCCACACCACAGACUCACCCCGGGUAUGUGUCUGCCGUACCCCAAGCCUCGUGACACUUGGCAUACACACAUAUACCCCUCCACUACGCCACGCAUCGCUGUUACUAGCUGUGGUGAUUAUGCAUUAGAUUAACAACGAAGGUGAAGAAAUAUACAGGGUCAAGAUGCAUAUGAGCUAUUACUUCUCAGGGACGGUCUACGACUUCCUCUUCUCCGGCGUCAAUGUCGUCACAACAUGGGGCAUGGUGUCCCUCUGCAUGGGGCUGGCAUCACUCUCGCUCUUGUCCGAAGGGUUCAAGGUGGCUCGCUCCCUGCUGCUGAAGGUAGCCACUUCCUCCCGGGACACAAGCUGCAACAGAUAUAACAAAAGUGAAAGGUUGCCACUCUUACCUCCUGCCUCCCUCACAGACCUUGAAUUGCAAAGGCUGGUGUAUUGUCGCAGAGUGAAGUUUCACGUCCUGCAGACAGUCCUUCACAUCAUCCACCUCACCAUUGGCUACAUACUGAUGCUGGCAGUGAUGAGCUACAACGGUUACUUCACCCUGGCCGUGGUGGGUGGUGCAGGACUGGGGUACUACUGCUUUGCUCUCUUUGACCUACCUAGUAAGGUCCUUGGCAGUGUCACUUCUCAGCCAGCUAAGUGGCCAGGAGGCUCUUCUCUCCCACAUCUGUCUGAAGGUAACUCCUCCAUGUGUUGUCCUUCGUAUGGAGCUGCUGGGAGUGUUGUGUCACCUGUUGGGCAGCGUGUGUCGUCACAGCUUCAGCAGGGAUCCCUCAGCAUGUGUCACGUGGGUGUAAGUGAAACCAGUGUGCAGGAGGGAAACAGGACACAGGUGGAUGGUGCCUCAGAAGGAGAUAAACUAACUCCCAGUGUAGUGAUGUGUGGUGAGGAGGACCAGGAAGGACUGAGAGGUGUGUCAGCAAUAGUAGAUGUGAGUGAUCGAACCUGCCUGCUGUCUCAGGAGACUAUCAAAGUGGAGGUGCAGGUGCACGCCAUGCCUGAAGAGUGAUUCAAGAUUCUGUGCUGUGAGGUACUCUGUGUUACUUUGAUUUGAGUAAUAUCUACAAAUGUAUUACCUAUAUACAUAAUUAGGAUAGAUGCAGGAUAGCUGUUCCAAAGAAUGUUUGAAGUGAAGCAUGGGUAAGGACAAUGAACAGUACCCAGUGGAACAAACCUAAGAGUCUGGUCAAGUUAUGUUUUUGCCAUGGCCUUCUAUGGCAGGGAGCUUCUUGAAAAGGAGCUUGGCAUUAAAGAUGGUGAUGAGAUGAUUAUGGCAUUGCAUGAUUUCACAUUGCAUUUAUAGGAAGAAUAUGUGAGAGAAAGCUAUAUAAACUCUUCUCUUAUGUUAUUGAUUUGUGACAAUAUCACUAAGAUCUGAUUGUUUAUGUACCAGGUACAAUAAUUUCACAUUUGUAGUUUUGGAGGAGCUGAGGAUGAAUUAGUUCCAGCGCAGAAUAAUACAGGCCAUAUGACAAUGUGAUAUAUCUUUGAUGAGUCUCACAUAUGAUAUUAAACUCCACGGCUGACUAUGGUGGACGUGAUCAGUAGUCAUUAAGAAUAGUUACUAUUUAAUCACUUCACGAUCUACUCUGAAUUGAGUUAGACGUGAGUGGUGAAGUCACUAGUCUGUGGAAUGUGGUUGGCUUGUGCUGUAUGUAAUGGACUAGAUGAGGGUAUGAUUACGGAAAGUCACUUUUUUUUGGGGGGAAGUUGUUGUUAUUGUUGUGAUUGUAGUCUUUAAUUGUCUUUGCCAGGAUCAACAGUGAGAAACUUGAUGAUGUCAGUGUGAGUGAGUGGUUUAAGAAAGCACAACCUUCCACUGUUCACAUUUACUUGCUCAUAUAUACUCAUUUAAGUUCAUAAAUACUUACGGCUUCAUAUUGAUCUUUUAAUUUGGUGUAGAGUAACACUGCUGCUACAUCGUGGGAUCAAAAUCACAAACACAAGCAGCUGUGUGACAGACAGGAGUCCAGCUUGGGGAGUUUAGGACUUUUUGUCACUGUUUCUCGUGGGAAAGAUGGUAGCAAAGCACAAUUGAUUUUUUUGAUACUGUUGAAGUUAUUAUUACUAUUAAAGGUUUAUUGAGUAUAAGUACAAUAGUAUAUACAUAGUCACAUAAAUACAUUAUAUACAUAUACUCAAAAAAGCGGGCAACAGCCUGCUGAUGGCUUGGCUAAAAUGAGCUGCUUGCCAUCUUCUGUGCCACUGCAGCUGUGGUGGGCAGCUCUGUGUUAGUGAGGUAGAGGUGCCGGCCUUAACACCCGCAGCAUCACAUCUGUGGGCGUGUGGAGAAUGAGGAAGGCAGCUGUGGCCUUGCCUGUCAAAGUAUUACAGCAUUAUAUGUGAUUGCAUUACAUUGGAUAAUCCUUACUUUUAUACGUAAUGUGAAAGAAUAUACGUACACUGUAUUCCUGUGGGACACUUGUAACUGUUGUGCGUCUUUCAAAUUUAUUUUUCAUGUCAUUUUUGUUCCUGAAUGCAUUUGUUGUAUCUACGGACUUACAAAAUGUACAAUGAGAAAGACUUAAUCUGAAGAAUGUUGAGCCUUGUUCAUUUUAAAUAAUCUUAGUCUUAUGUUUGCUCAUCAGAAAGUAAAAGCUGUACCUGUCA